GAGGUGCCAGCCUCACGCUCUGCUCUUCGCCAUGACGCACGCCAUGCACCCACCUCUCUUGGCAGGCCUCCUUCUGCCGGUGUGCCUGCUCCUGGAGUUCCCGGCCACAACGGGCUACAUCCAUGCGAUGUCGGACCGCAAUACCAGCAUGGACUUCUCUGACCUGCCAGCCAUGUUUGGGGGCCCGCUGCCACGCAACGGACUCAUGGGCCUCCUGGUGGAAGCCAAGCCGGCCAACGCUUGCCAGCCCAUCGAGGCCCCUCCCUCCAAUAGCAGCGUCUUUAUCGCCCUUAUCCAGCGCUAUGAGUGCAACUUCGACAUCAAGGUGUACCACGCUCAGCAGGCUGGGUUUCUGGCCGUGGUGGUCCACAACGUGGGCUCAGACACCCUGCUCAACAUGGUUUGGGACGACAAAGAACUGCACAAACACAUCUCCAUCCCGUCCGUGUUCACCGGGGAGACGGCAGCCACGUACCUGCGCAAGCUCUUCACUUACGAGGCAGGGGGGCACAUCAUCUUGAUCCCGGAGUACAUCUUUCCACUGGGCUAUUACCUCAUCCCUUUCACGGGCGUGGUGGGCAUCGUCAUAGCAGUCAUGUGCACCAUUCUGAUCGUGCGCUGCGUCCAGCAUCGGAAGCGGAUGAGGAGGAACCGCCUGUCCAAAGAGCAGCUGAAGAAGAUCCCGGUUCACAAGUACAAGAAAGGGGAUGAGUUUGACGUCUGUGCCAUUUGCCUGGAGGAGUACGAAGACGGGGACUGCCUGCGGAUCCUGCCCUGUUCUCAUGCCUAUCACUGCAAGUGCGUGGACCCCUGGCUGACGCAGACCAAGAAGACGUGCCCGGUGUGCAAGCAGCGGGUGUUCCGCUCGCCCGAGGACUCGGACUCGGAAGGCGAGGAAGGGGCGGAGGGGCGCAGCCCCACCCCACAGGGCGAGGCGGAAGGGCCGGAGCAGCGCCGUCGGAGGCCACAGACGCUGGAAGACGACGAGGAAGAGGUGGAGGAGGAGGAAGAGGAGCGCGACUCGGAGCGAACCCCCUUACUGCGAUCCUCCCCGGCAGUGGCGCUGGGGGGACCCUCCUUCGGCAGCAUGGCGCACUCCCCCCCUUCCAGCCCCCCCAGCCUCUUGGCUGAGGGGGACCCGGCCGAAAGCUCGCAAGGCGCGCUGCGGGUGUAGUCCCUGCCCCGUCGGCUGUCCCUCGGGCCCUGCCUGGUCCCGGUAGUGGAGAGGGGCCGGGGGGGGGUCAGGGAGGCAGAGAAUGCCGGAGGGGGGCUCGGCUUUUACCACGGAGCUUCCAGAACAUUUUAACUUUUCAGGGCAGGGGGAAGGGAGGGGGCAGCCCAAGGGGGGCAGGUGGUCACGGCACGGAAAGGGAGACACAACACUUGUGUGUGAGCGUUUCUCUGCCCCCCCCCCCGGAAAAUGGAAGGGAUAUGAAAGAGGGAAUGUGUGCUGGGUGACUCUUCCCCCCCACACACACA